GGCCACGGGCAAGCGAAACAGGCGCUAGACUCUAACACUACGAGCCUCAACUAAGUAGAGGGUAGAAACACUUAUAAACCAUACACGGGUAUGGCCAGAAGAAAGUAGUUAAUCAAAUAAUUUACCUUUUGAAUACCCAUCUAAAUUCUAUCACAAUCAACAAUGGUUUCCGGCGAGGCUGGCGGUCUUAAAUAUCAAUAUCUGGCUGCAAUAUGUGUGAACAUAAUUUCCAUCUCGUAUGGUGCAUUUUGUGGUUGGCCAUCGGCUAGUUUCUUGGAACUGGGUUCGAGUUCGAGUCCCCUGGAGACGGGUCCAUUAACACCACAGGAUCAAGGCUGGGUAGCAUCCACAUUAUGUUUGGGCGGCAUUGCUGGGACAAUAUUUUUCGCUUGGCUGGCAGAUCGAAUUGGUCGAAAGCAAUGUCUCCUGUGGCUAGCUCUCCCCGCCUUGGUGGGUUGGAUUAUCAUACCAUUUGCCCGAAAUCCCAUGCAUUUGAUAGCAGCUCGCUUCAUAGGAGGCACCGCAGGUGGCGGUUGCUUCGCUGUCAUACCAAUUUACACCGCUGAAUUGGCUGAGGAUAGCAUACGUGGCGUUUUGGGUACUCUGCUGGUGCUAACCUGCAACUUUGGGGUCCUGACCGCUUUCGCAUUGGGCUACUACUUCAACUAUGCCACUGUGGCAUGGAUAAUGUCCACUUUAUCAUUUGUGUUUGUGGCCUGUUUUUGGUUUAUGCCCGAGACGCCGCAGCAUUUGGCGCAGCACAAUAAGGUUGAAGAGGCAGAACUAUCCUUGAGAUACUAUCGUAAUAUUAGGUCACGUGCCUCAAAGGAUCUCACUGAAGAGCUCCAAUUGGAGUUGCAAAAACUGAGGGUGCCAACUGAAAAGGAUGCCGAGGCAAAAGAUGAUCUAAACGCUGGAAAAGAUUCGGGUGUUAGUUGGUCAGAUUUUGCUGAACCCAAGGCUCGAAAGGCCUUCUCUAUUGGCAUGGGGCUGAUAUUCUUCAAUCAAAUGUGCGGAUGCUUUGCCAUGCUUAACUAUACGGCCGUAAUCUUUCAACAAUCCGGAUCGGAUCUGUCGCCAACGAUAAGUGCGAUUGCUGUGGGCGGCAUUCAGUUGUUGGGCACAUAUUGCUCAACCGUUCUCGUCGAGAGAUUGGGACGUAAAAUCCUAUUACUAAUCUCUGCCGUGGGCAUCUGUCUUGGCCAGUGCUCGAUGGGUGGUUUUAGCUUGCUUAAGUUCUUGGGACACGAUACCAGCUCCUUCAAUUGGGUACCCGUGGCUGGCUUCUCCUUUAUGCUCUUCAUUGCCUCUUGGGGCAUGUUGUCUUUGCCAUUCCUGGUCAUAUCCGAGAUAAUGCCUCCCAAGAUACGUAACAUGGCUAAUAUGCUUUGCAUGACAUUUCUUUGGGUGAUUGCCACUUGCACUAUUAAAGCGAUGCCCCUUCUAACUGACUCUAUGGGCAUGCAUGGCACUGUGUUCCUAUUUGCCACCUUCUCCUUUUUGGGUGCCAUUUUUGUGGCCAUUUUUGUGCCAGAGACCAAGGGAAAGACUAUUGAAACCCUUUUGGCCAGUUUAUAGUUUUAGCGCUUAAAUUAUGUUAUAUUGUUGUGUUUCUGAAUAAAAUUCAACUAU